GCCGCGCUAUAACACCGGAAGUCGUCACUAUUUGUGUACAGAAUCUUACCGCGCCGUGCUUUCUUCCAACACCUCUAUUAAAAAACACAAUUAAUUCAUAAAAAAUAUUAUAAUUUGAUAGUUAUAAUAUGAACGCGCCUCCAGCCUUCGAGUCGUUCCUCCUGUUCGAGGGCGAGAAGAAAAUCACCAUCACCAAGGACACCAAGGUGCCGAACGCCUGCCUCUUCACGCUCAACAAGGAGGACCACACGCUGGGCAACAUCAUCAGAGCGCAGCUGCUGAAGGACCCUCAGGUUCUGUUUGCCGGUUAUAAAGUCCCCCACCCUCUGGAGCACAAGAUAGUGAUCCGGGUUCAGACCACCCCAGACUACAGCCCUCAGGAGGCGUUCACCAACGCCAUCACAGAUCUCAUCAGUGAGCUGUCACUGCUGGAGGAGCGCUUCAGGGUCUCCAUCAAGGACAAACAGGAGGGUAUCGAGUGACUCCGCUCCUCCUCCUCCAACCUCCUCUUCCUCAUCCUCCCAGCUCCUCCUGUCUUUACUGUAAAUAUGGAACCAUGUCCACUUUUCUAAAUAAAUAUUAAAUAUCA